CGGUACCGAACGCGUAUAGGUACACAUACGUGAAAUCCUGCCGCUGGACGGCUGGGCACAAGUUAGCUUCGCUAGUUUCACGAAGCUGCACGCAUAAAAUAUAAAAGUGUCGAAGAAGGUUCGGCUCCGAGUGUCACCUUUGCCCAGCAGCUGACGACGACGCCGACGAUGAGAAACAUCAAAGCAUCUUCAGCUACCAACACCAGCAGCAGCAGCCGCCACAGUUUCGCCGCCCGUACAGUUUAAUUGCUGUUGUAUUGGAAAAAAAGGAGCAGUGCGCGAUAAAUACACAUACUUAAUGUGUGGAAGUGUAACCUGGGCCGCCGACGACGACGACGACGACGACGGUGUCACACAGCGACGAAGAGGAGCUGGUGGCGGAGGAGGCAUCUUAGCGCUCCGAAAAUCCAAACUCUGUCCACAUCUAUAGGAGGUUGCAGAUUUGUGUGCAUCAUGGUGCGUGAAGCGUCGAGUUGAAGAAACACAAUACUCCGAUUUAGAUUAAGUGUGUUGUACAAGUAGUUAUCAGAAAAAAAGGAUGAAAAGUAAAAACAGUUAUAUUCAAGUGCAUUUGUAGACGACAACUACAAGUGUGUGAUAUUUAGAAUUUUAAUAAAAAAUGCUCAUUGUUUAAUAUUUUUUUUUUUUUCUGACUGAUUUAUACAUGUUAAAAUCACGCGCUCUACUUCUGGUAUUAUAAUGUCUGUGAUUAUUACAUAGUGAAGUAGCUUACCAAUUUGGAUUUGUAAACUUUUUGAGGGAAUCAUUGUCAAGACAAUGUGGGCAAAAAAUCAAGAUUAAUGUGCUAUGAAUGCAAGUCAAGCUUGUCAUUGCAUUUUUGUGCUUCCACAAGUGAAAAAGAAAAAAAAAUGAAAUCAUGUUACAGCCGUUAUUAGCAUCUGAGUUUUUAUGUUUUACACCAUACUUUUUUUAUUUUUAUGAGUACCUAAAACACGAAUAUUUGUUAAACAGUGCAAGUGAUUGUGGAGUUUUGAAUGAAUAGUGUCCUAAUAGCACAAUAUGCUUUAGGAAAAUAAAUUUCAUUAGUCUCUCAUGGAAUGGACAAUACACAGAACUUAUGUUCUGCGAAUUGAUGGGUGUAUGCUUUUCCUGUAGGAAACAAUCAAGUAACAGGUUGAAUAAUAAGAUCUCUGAACAAAUAUCUGCAACUGUAACUCCUUUCCAUGUUUGUGUGGAAGAACCAAGAGGACCAGACUUGGGCUUGUGUGACACUCCAGCUCUCAGAUCAAGGAGUGAAACUGGACCCAGAAAAAGGAGAAGCAGAGAAGAUUCUGAGGAGGAGAGGGAAGAGGAGGAAGAGACUGGAGCAGAGUUACUUCAGUCUGGAACAAAUGAGUUGAAGCAAAACCAAGCAAGCAUGGCCAAUACAAUCAGCAACAUGAAAAUAACCAACCCCAUAAAGGGGCUAGUCAGUAAGCACAGGAAACGUUUUACUGCAGAUGGCUUUGAUCUUGAUCUCACAUAUAUAAAAGAAAACUUAAUUGCUAUGGGGUUUCCAGCUGAAAAACUGGAAAGUGUGUAUAGAAAUCAUAUAGAUGAUGUGGUCAAACUUUUAGAAUUCAAGCAUAAAAAUCAUUACAAACUAUACAAUCUCUGUUCCGAAAGAUCGUAUGACAGUAAAAAAUUCCAACAUAGAGUAGCAACAUAUGCUUUUGAUGAUCACAAUCCACCUUCAAUGGAAAUGAUCAAACCUUUCUGUGAGGACGUACAUAAAUGGCUUAUGGAAAAUGAAAAAAACGUCGCUGCUGUUCACUGCAAGGCUGGUAAAGGUAGAACUGGAGUAAUGGUAAGCUGUUAUCUCCUUCACAGUAAACAAUGUGAAACAGCUACUGAGGCCCUCAAUUUUUAUGGAACAAAAAGAACAACUGACAGAAAAGGCGUUACAAUACCAUCGCAGAGGAGGUAUGUGAAUUACUAUGCUACUCUUGUCCAGGAUGGUCUUAACUAUCAACCAGUAACUUUGAUUUUGCGGGAAAUCAAACUAGAUCCGGUACCUAUUUUGAAUGGAGGUCAGGGAUACCGCUUUGUGAUAUUUGAGGCUAAAAAGAAAAUAUUUAGUUCUGACACAUACGAGGUCCGAAAAGGUACCAGUACUCUUUCUAUACCUUUGCGGCAGAGUGUUUCCAUCAAAGGUGAUAUAAGAGUAGAUUUUUACACAACACCAAAAGUAAAGCGGAAAGAAAAAAUAUUUCACUUUUGGUUCAAUACAUUUUUUGUCUCCGAACACGUGACGUCUGAACAUGAUAAUGGAGGACCAAUUGAACGAACAGCAAGAGCAUUGAGCUGCGAUGGGACGGCCAUGGAGUUACCAAUGGUUCAUGCCAAACCAAGAACAGGAUCAUUAGCUAGUUUAGAUACUUUGCCACAAUUAGUUUUAACCAUUGACAAAUGGGGUUUAGAUUGUGCCCAUAAAGACAAAAAUCACAAGAUUUUCAGUCCUGACUUUAAGGUUAGUUUAUAUAUGAAUAGAGUAGGCAACAACGUAUUGCCAGCUGUUGCAGCACCAAUAGGACGAACCAGUGAGGACCUACCAAUUGGUCUAGGUGGUCAGGAAACGCCAAGUGAAUCGAGCGAAGGUGAAAGCAGUGAAUGUGACACUACAGGAGACGAAGAUGGUUGGGAGUCGGGAGAAUCCACGUACUUGUGACUUUGAGAUCAGCAAUUGAUGUGCUCUUCCUAGAUGGUCACCUUCUUCUUCAGUUAAUCAUCUUCAAAUCGCAGCAUCCGUACAUACCAAGUAGCAAGUGCGUAAGCAAAGGCAGAAACGCACAAUCUAUGCGUGCAGUGGUUCUGUGUCGUCACGCCAUUCUGCUUGAUGUUGAUGGUUACAAAUUGACUUAUGCUUCCUGAAAUUCUGCAUGCCGUACAUAUCGUUGAACCUGCCCUCUCCCUUUCUUUUGUGAUAAACAUUGGUACAUUACAGGAUACAGUCGAACGAGUUUGUUUCGAUUUACUCAAAUCAAUGUUUGCCUUGUCUACAUUUUUUUUUUUUUUUUUAUGAUUGAUAUUUUUGCAUAAUAUCGUUGCAAAGUGUCUCGUAACUAUUGAAUGAUAUUAAAUUUCAUUGAACAUUAAUUUUACACCAUGUAUUGGAUUAGACG